GGCUACCGGUCAUGCACGUUAAAGCCUUCUUGAUUGCUUAUUUACCUGACGAAAUUGACGAGUUAAAUGGCUGAAGUAGCCAAGUCCACACCCCACCCCUCUACAGGAGGGGGGAAGAAGAUCAAGGAGGGUGUAGCGAGCCAAGAUGGAGGUGAUGCAGGGGGAGAAGGAGGUGAGAAGAAGCUGUCUAAGAAGGAAAGAAAGAUGCUGAAACAGAAGCAGCUUGCUGAGCAGCAGAAGGAGAAAGAAUCAGCUCAGGUCCAAGCUCCACCGAAAAGCAAGGCAGAAAUGAAAGCAGAGAGGAGGGCAAGACAGGAGACAGAGAGAGCUGCCAAACUGGCCAAGAAGUCUGGAGAACCUAUCCCUCCAGGAGUGGGAGCAGCAGGAGCAGGAGCUGGAGCGGGAGGCGGAGGGGGGAGUAGUUCACUUCCUAGUAGUGGAUCCAGUGGUCAGCUACAAAGUAAAGCUAGUAAACAGACAGGAGAAACUUAUCUCAAGAAAGAUAUUUACAGAGUCUCGGAUGAUAUCAAACUGGAUGACCCUACUGUGCAGAAACGAAGAGCAAAGAAACUUGAACGGCAACAGGUACCACAGAGGGCCGAGAGUCAGAAGAAAGUGGGUCUCUUCUCUCAUCUGAACCAGUUUGAGCGACAGGUCUCGCUGACGAGCCGUCUUGGCUUUGGCUCUGGUGGGAUCCAUCCGGCUGUUAUCAAGCUAGGUCUGCAGUACGCUGAGGGUAUCAUAUCAGGAGCUAACUCCAGGUGUGUAGCCUUGCUGGUAGCCUUCAAGCAGGUUAUAGCUGAUUAUAACACACCACCUCAGAAAGACUUGUCCCGAGAUCUAGAUUACAAGAUCAAACCGUACAUCAAUUUCCUCAACCAGUGUCGCCCCAAGUCAGUCAGCAUGGGCAAUGCUAUCAAGUAUCUCAAGAUGCAGAUCAACAAUAUCCCUCAAGGCAUGCCAGACAAAGAGGCCAAACAGAGGUUGUGUGACUGCAUAGACAGUUACGUGAGAGAAAAGAUAUUCUUAGCCCAGGAAGCCAUUUCCAAGACGUUUGCUUGCAAAAAGAUCAGAGAUGGUGAUGUCAUCCUUAUAUACAGUUGCUCAUCUUUAAUCAGGAAAGUCCUGUGUGAUGCUCAUAAAUCUGGUAUCAGCUUCCGGGUCAUCAUGGUAGAUAGCAGGCCGAAGGUCGAAGGUCGUGAGGGCAUAAGAAGGCUUGUAGCUGCUGGGAUCAAGUGUAGCUAUAUCCUCAUCAAUGCAGUCUCUUAUAUGAUGCCCGAGGUAUCUAAAGUUUUCCUUGGUGCACAUGCCCUCCUUGCCAAUGGCUAUGUCAUGUCAAGGGUCGGGUCAUCGGUCAUCGCCAUGGUAGCAAAAUCCUACAAUGUUCCAGUUCUCGUCUGCUGUGAGACAUACAAAUUUAGUGACAGGGUACAGACUGAUAGCUUUGUAACAAAUGAACUCGGUGACCCUGGUGACCUAGUCUCUAUCAACCGCUCAAAGUGCAACCUGGCCGACUGGAGAGACAUCAAUGCCUUGACACUUCUCAACCUUGUAUAUGACGUCACCCCGCCAGAUUUUGUUUCCAUGGUGAUCACCGAGAUAGGAAUGUUACCGUGCACGUCCGUGCCUGUUGUACUUAGGGUCAAGAACAUAGAGAGCUGAGGUCAGCCUGAGUAGUCGGAUAUGAACUCUCAUCAGUAUGUGCUCUAUGAUGCUGUAUCUAUUAACCCAUAUGGAUACAGUUUGAAAAUGGGUAUAACACACAUUUUCCAUAGACUCCAGCACUAUCCAUCUCAGGAUUGGUAUCCGAUGGGUUAAAGGGAGUGUAGCAUGGCAAAUAUCUACGUCUUCUUUUAGACAACUGCACAUAAACGAAUGGACUUGAUUAACGGUAGUCAGCGACUUAAUCUCUGCAUGGUCAGCACGCGCGAAAGAGACUGAAGUUCUCCUCACGAUUCGGUUUUGCAUAUGUUGCACGCACGUGAAUGCUGCGGUCGGUUCGUCCGUAGUCAUAUUAUACCCAAUUGCCCCCGUUUAUAGCCAUGCUACACUCCCUUUAAAGGCUAUAUUUACAUGUACAGCUUGGCUUGGAUUAAGGAUAGCUCAGAGGAAUUAUAAUACUCUGCAAGGAAUGGAGAUGGUGCUCAGUCAUGCCAUUUGCAGAUGUGAUAAGGAUAUGGCAUGGGGACUGUUAUUUGUGACAACAAUAAAUUGGAAAAAGUGUAUAAGAAGAAAAUUCUAUCUGUAUUUCUUUUAUUCAAAAUAUUAACUAUAGAUGGUCUAUAUUCAUUCAUCAGUUUAGUUUUGCAUGAUGUGAUCUCUUCUAGACUCUGUCUCUUAUUAAUAUCUAAUCACAUGUUACAAUCUACAUUUUUUCCCUUUCUUUUGGAGGGAAAGGGUGUUGAGCAAGGGUUAUGUUCUAAUCCUUAUAUUUGUGAUGGAAACUUUGGAAUCUUAUUAACCCAUUGCCUCCAGGAAUCAGAUGAUAUCUGUAUAAAGCUUAUGGAAACUGUAUAAAAGAAUUAAGUUUUCAAUAAUCAAUUACCAGGAAGUAUUUCUCUUAUAACUUCUGCUCAACUGCAUUAUAUUCUAUUCUCCUUCUUCUUUGCUUUAAGUACAGGCAGGUGCAGGUGUAUAUGUAGUGACUCCAUAAAAGACCUACAAAGAACUAUGUGCAGCUAAAAAGACAUCCAUAGCUUAACAGAGCUGGAUCUCGAGUACCUCUCUCCUAAAUCUUGGCAGAGAGGUACAGGUGACGGCGGCUUGGGGUAGUGAGUUACAGAGCCUCGUGGCAUCAGGAAAGAAACUCCUUUGCGGUACUUGUGUCCGAGCAUAUUGCACUUGGAGUUUCUGGUCGUGGCCUCUGUGCGAAGCAGGUAUGGCCAUUGCAGUUGGUCAAGCAUAGCUGUGACAAUGCUUCUUCUGUGAUGGUCAUUGCAAACAAAGCGUGCAUAUCUCCUCUGGAUCAUCUCUAUAUUUCCUGGUGUUGGCUUGGGUAAAGGGAUCCCAGAUGAUGCUUCCAUAUUCCAUGACUGGUCUGAGCAAGGUCAGAUAGCAGAGCACUUUGACUUUGUGUGGGCGUAAUCUGAUGUUCUUCUGGCGGAAGGCUCAGUUGGGUUUAGCCUUUUUUGUUACUUUGUCGAUGUGGUCAUUCCAACUAAGCUUCUUGUGUAGAUGGAUUCCAAGAUAUUUUGCUGUGUCUGCAUUCUCCAGAGUGUGUCCAUGAAUGAUGUAUGACUUGAUGAUAGGCUUCUGUUUGUUGGAAACAUGGAGGACCUGGCAUUUCUUCGGGCUGAACUCCAUUAACCAGUCAGCUUCCCGUCGCUUCUAGAGUUGUGCACUGUCGCUUCUGAUCCAAUUUUGCGAUAGACUCACUAGGCAGUCAUCUGCAAAGAGUCUAACAGUGGUGUCACAAGACAUGUACUCUGGCAGGUCAUUAAUAAACGGCAGAAAUAACAUUGGGUCGACGACGCUACCCUGCGGAAAUCCAGAUGUCACUUGGGAUUUGGUAGAGACGGUUCCUUCAAAGACUACCUGCUGCGUACGAUCACAAAAAAGUCAGCCAGCCAUGCAUGGGUCGAGUUUUGUAUGCCGUAGUAGUCAAGCUUAUGAAGAAGCCUUCCGUGUGGCACCUCGUCAGAGGCCUUGGCAAGAUCUUGGACGGCAGGGUCAUUAGCUGAUGAACAAAUCAUCUCAGCAUAUAUGGGACCAUAUAUAGAAUGAACCACUGCACUUGGGACGUGUAUUUUGUACAUGAAAGUUGGGCUAGAAGAAGUGCAGCUUUGUGACAUACUCUUAUCAGCUAAUUGUUACAAUACUGAAUAUGAAAAGCUGUAUGGGUAAUGUUAGAUUGUACUUCAAUUAUUUUCAGCUUUGAGAAAGUACAUGAUUAAUCUUCAGUCUUGCAUUUCACAUCUUGGAUAGUUUUGCAUGAUUUAAUUGUGCUUACUUAUGCAUACUGAUUAGAUAUGUUUGCAAUAUAGGAAAGUUUCAAGUAAGUACAUGUAUUGUAGCUUAAAACCUUUUUUGCAGAGACUCUGUGUAUUUUGGCUAGUCCAGCCUAUUUUUGCCCAAUGGAGUUGAACUAUACAUGUACGUGUGUUUGUUUGGCAUAAACAUUUAUCUCUUUCUCAAACUAAAAAUGGGGACAUGAAUGGAACCAUAAAUUUCAUUCAUAAAAUAUGUUGGUAAUAGAUGUCUGAAUAACCUUUAGAAAAAUAUUUAGGGUACUGUAAAUCAGACUUUCGCGAAAUGAAACUUGUGCAGGAAUUGCGAAAAGUUUGUGUUCUGUCAGUCAAGAAAAAAAAAAUUCUUGGCAGGAGUUUUUCGCAGAAUUGAGCACUUCCCAAAUUUGCCAAAGUUACAAGCAUAAUGAAAGUUUGCAAUAUGUAAAAACUCUCAGUUACAUAAAUGUUCAUCUUUUCUGACGACAUCCAUUUCACUGGCUGCUCUCUGUACAAAGCUCGACAAUACAUGUAAAAGACAACAUGACACAUGAUUCAUUAUGAUAGAAAUCUCAAUUUAUUGAGCAUAAUUAUCAAUUUCCCUCUCCAGUAUAAUCAGUAAUAAAGAUCACUGUAUGUUUAUUUCUUUGUCUUCCUGAAUUUGUUAAUACAAUGUACAUGUACAUGUAAAUACAAGCUAGAUAAACUAUCGCAGAGAGAAAAGUGUUGUGAAUUUCAUUCUAAUGUGUACAGUGUUAUAUCUUUUGAGCAGUAAUAGGAUAUGCAUUGGAAGUGAAUGUUAUUACAUAGAAGAGAAUGAGAGAGAUAAAUAAUUCACAAAGAAGAUAUUAUAAACAGAUAUUCGUAUCUCCUUCCCAUUUUAUGACAAAU